GUAUUUGGUGACGUACCCGGUAGCGACGUUCGACUCCGUUUUGUGUUUACUGUAUUUACAAAUAAUCCAUAAACUUUCAAGACCGCUGAAUCUGAGCACCUUUUCCGGGACGUACUCAAUGGCUUCUGAUGGAGAACACUGUUGCUCGUGCUGCACCCUUCCUGUCUCUGCCAGUGUUCACCAGACAAUGAGUGAGAUGGACUUUGAACGAGGUAUCUGGUCUGCCGCCAUGGAUGGAGACUUGAAGCGGGUCCAGUCGAUGAUCCAAAAGGGCACCCAUCCAAACCUCAGGGACUCAGCCGGAUAUACAGCUCUACACUAUGCAAGUCGCAGCGGUCAUCUCACUGUAUGUGAGUUUCUUCUUGAAAACGGUGCUUGUGCAUCUCCUCGGACCCCAGGUGGUGCCACGCCCCUCCAUCGGGCAGCAUUCUGCGGUCAUGUGGAUGUCGUUAGAUUGCUGCUGCUCCAUAAAGCUGAUCCAUUGAGCUCUGAUGAUGACGGUGCGUCUCCUCUACACAAGGCUGCAGAACAAGGUCAUGAAAAGGUGUGUCAGCUACUUCUUGAAGCCUGUCCCGCACUUUGCACCCAGAAGAACAAAAGGCUUCAGCUACCCUACCACAUGGCCCCUCAAGAACAUUUGCAGAAGCUUCUGAAAGGAUUCCUGUAAAAAUACAUGUAUAGUUGAAUACCACAGAUUCAACAAAUCUUCAAACUGAGGUCAGCACUCUCGGACAGCCCCAGACCAAGUGAAGAUUCUGUGGCUCGCUCAAAACUGCCAUGACAUGCAUAGGAAGCAGAACACGAACUACCCCAGGAACCAGUCCUUAGUGUUCUUUUCUCUGUUUUUUUGGUGUAUGAUCAUUGCAGACUUGCUUUGCGCCAGAAGGGGUCACUACAACUGAAGCUUCAAGUACUGAACCUAUUUUCGAAGCAAUUCGUCAAAGUGGGUCAGCGCUUUACAACUUCAUUUGCCCAUCACUCACAAAAUUUCACUAUGAUGCAAAAAAUAGUGUUAUUGUGCCUAAAUAGAUCUGACCAUAAAAAUGUGAAGGUAUGAAUGAUGUUAAGUACAGUUUGACUACGUUUGAUAUGAUCCCACUAUACAGUGCACACACUAUACCCAAGGAUCUAUUGUUACAUUUAUAAAACGUACAGAACCUCACAUUUAGCAAUUAAAUGCGUUCCUGUGUGUUUACAUUUAUGAGUAUGGUUCCUUUUGGCUGGCAGCAUUAUGCCAGUCAGCAGGGAGAGCCAUCAACUAAAUGGACUGACUUGUGCUUUCAGCCAACCAUGUGAAGUGACCUCAUUCAUCCUUCCUGCUUGUGUUUAGAAAACUAGCCGUCUGUCAGUCUGAAAGACCAUAAAAAGUCAGAGUAGCUGCCACAGUUAAUUUUAGCACAUUGCCUUACAUAGGGAAGGUGACGAAACAGCAUCAUUUGAAAAAGCCAUAUUGUAGGCUGACACUUAUUUUCCAUUUGACUUUUAACACUUAAUUGGGUCUUUCCGUGGUAGCAAAACUUACAUACCUUAUUUAUUUUGUCACUUGCCAGCCAUGAUUCUCUAAUUUUAACCUUAUGUUUUUUAAAUGGCCUUGCAAACAGGCUGGGCCACAUACCCCGGCUGAAGUAAGCAUUUAACAUGUCACUAUUUUUCUCCCUAAAUACAGUAUAUUUCCAAAGGUGCUACUGACGUGAAUUUUUCUCCAGAUGUUGUGAACAACCCAAACAACAUGCAAAGAAAGGAAAACAAAUGAGGGUUGAGUCCUAAAAGGUGACCUACAAAAACGUUUCAUUGCCGAGGUGUGAGUCAAGACACAUUUCAAGAUGGGCAAGAGCAAAAAGAUUUCUGAAGAUCACAGCAAACUAAUUGUUGAAAGUUAACAACACCAUUGAUUACGGGUGCAUAUUUAAGCUUCCAAGUGUUCCAGGGAGAAUAGUUGGGGCCAUGUUACAUAAAUUUACAUCAAUAAAUUUGCCUCGACCAGGUGCUCCUCACAUGAUUUCUAACUGUGGAGUGCAAAGAAUAAUCAGAAAAGUUGUCCAAGAGCCAAAGACUAGAGAUAGAGUUUUAAAAAGACAAAGGGUUUUCUUGAAUCUCAUCUUAAAUUUGCAGGUAUUGUCACAAAACGGUGAGCUUUACACUACACUGCCAUGCCUCUAUGCAGCUCACCAUACAAGAACCCCAUUUCUUUGGAAACAAAACCCCCAAAACAUGUCAAAGCUUGUUUAAAGUUUGCUGAAAAUAUUUGGACAAUAAUAAUUUAAAUACUUGGAGAUUAUAGUCGGGUUUGAUGCAGUGGCGGUUCUGGGGGUGGGGCAACGGGGGCCAGUGCCCCUGUAGCACUGAUUCUGCCCCCCCCCCCCCCCCCUGUGGCGCCCCCUCUGAGCGUAGAUUACGCAGUCGCGCCGAGUCGCCGACACGAAAGGUGGAACCAAAGUACAUCAUUUAACAUUCUCGUCGGACCCUUUAGUGCACUGCACCACUUAAAAAUGAGCGGGAAAAUGAGAAGCAGUCCGCAGAGAAGGAAAUUAACCCGAAGUGCCUGCGUUUGUGUGUGAGUGUGUGUGUGUAACUUUUUUAGUUUCCCUUUUUAUUUUAAUUUUUAUUUAACAGGAUCAAUAUAUAAGACAUUGCCUUUUAAAAUGUGGAUAAUCAUAUGCAUGUAAAACAUCUAGCUUCAGUGUAUUUGCAGUGUUUGUCCCCGGCAGGCUGGUACCAUAUCAUCCCCUGGUUUGAAUAUUCUCAACAGAUGGACACGGCAUAUUGUUACGCUUGCAGACAUUUUAGCCCUCCUAAUGCAGUUUUUUUUCUCAUCACUGUAAUGUCAUGACUACAAUUUCAAAGUUUGAGUAAAUAAAAAGUCAAAUAAGAUUUUGAAUCUGUCUUUCUAGCCCUGGGUUGAAUGUGCCCCCCCCCCCCCCAAUCAAAACCCCUGGCCCCAGCCUGGCCCCCUCAGUGAAAUUGAUCCAGAACCGCCCCUGGUCUGAUGAGAGAGAAAUAGAACUGUUGGCAUAAUGCACCUCGCAUUUGGAGGAGAAAAGGCAGUGCAAAUCAUUCUAAAAACACCACACGAACAGUGCAGUUCAGAGGUGAGAACAUGAUGUUGUGGGGAUGCUUUUAUAUAUAUAUAUAUGAUACUGGUAAACUUCACAUUAUUGAAAAACGGAUUUUUUCGGACACAAAUCUGAUGCCAUCUGUGAGGAUGAUGAAAAUGAAACCAAGGUGGACAUUUCAGCAGGAUAAUGAUCCAAAACGUAAUGGCAUGGAAAUUCCGAAUUGGUUUCAAAGAAAAAAAAUACUAAAAGAAAGCAGUUUAAAUGGCCCAACCCGACUUUAAUCCAAUCAAAAAUCUAUGGAAAGAAUUUAAACUCAUGGUCCAGAAAUAAAGCCAUGGAACCUUCAGGAUUGGGAGACUGCUUAUUACUUGGGGUUUUCCCAAUCAUCUGAUGAAAAUUUCACAUCAAUAUAGCACCUCUAGAACUAUAUUAAGGGGGGAAAACGGUGACACGCUAAAUGCUUACUUCAGGCGCUGUUUGGCAAGGGAAAGAAGUUGUUUUGUUCAACGCAGUUGGUGCUUAUUCACACCCACAGUUUUUCCCCCUCUUGUCAUUAUGAAAAUAAUAUGUUGAUAACAAAAUAUGAAGUGAGUAUGCUGUAUCAUUUUUUUCAAUCUCUGUGCAUCUGCCAAACAAUAACAUGUUUGUUUUCAUCUGGACAGAAUAAGUAUGUGGGGAGAGGGGAACAAAGAAGAGAAAA